UCCCACAAGACCUUCCGCACCAAGCAGAAGCUCGCAAAGGCGCAGAAGCAGAACCGCCCAAUUCCUCAGUGGAUUCGCCUUAGGACUGGCAACACCAUCCGUUACAACGCCAAGAGGAGACACUGGCGCAAGACUCGCAUUGGUAUCUAG